CACAAGAUUAACGUACAUUGGACGAAUUCUUCCGCAAAUUGCUCUCUUUUUGAUCGUUUGUGAUAUCGCUGUGAUUGCAUACCUAUCUAUGAGAUAAUACCAUAUAUACAUCAUAAUUUCAUUCGGUGCAUAUCAUCCGAUAUGAGAGAGUAUUCAGGAUUGUGUUGCACACUGUACAACAAACUCGGAUAUGUUUUCUCGCGAAUUCUCGAAGGUAGAUAUAAAACAGUUGAGGCGCACAAGUAUAAAUCCGUCAAUCACGGUGAUGAUAACUACGAUGAUACGUCCUUUUGCUCGUGGUUUGCAAAGGACGGUCACCGCUGCAUCAUUUUCCACAACACCACUAGCCAGAGAAGAAGCUAAGGAAAAGAAACGGGAUCCAACUAUCUUAAAAUUGGAUGAACACAAGCGGGAGCGAUUAGCUAAUUUUGGUCGAUACACGGCUGAAUGCCUGCCAAAAUUCAUUCAACAAGUGCAGUUUGCUGCUGGCGAUGAGUUGGAGUUUCUUAUACAUCCAUCCGGUGUUAUUCCCGUCCUUUCCUUUCUGAAAGGGAAUCACUCAGCACAAUUUACAAAUCUCACUUUUAUCUGCGGCGUUGAUGUACCAACGAGGAAAAAUCGCUUCGAAGUUGUCUACUCUCUCCUUUCUGUACGUUUCAUGGCGCGCUGUCGUGUGCGUACCUACACGGACGAAGUCGCACCUCUUGAAUCUUGUACUAAAGUGUUCAAAGGAGCUGACUGGUACGAACGCGAAGUGUAUGAUUUGUAUGGCGUUUGGUUCAAUAAUCAUCCUGAUUUGCGUCGAAUUCUUACCGAUUAUGGCUUCGAGGGUCAUCCAUUCCGCAAAGAUUUCCCACUCACUGGAUACAAUGAAGUACGAUUCGAUCCUGAACUGAAGCGCAUCGUUUAUGAGCCUACGGAAUUAGCUCAAGAGUUCCGAAAAUUCGAUUUAGAAACCCCAUGGGAGAUAUUUCCGGCUUUCCGUGAGAAGUCGAUGACUAGUGGGUACGAAAAGAUACCCUUGCAUAAGGAAGACCAGGAAGAGAAAAAACCGGAAGCAACAAAGUAGUCCUGGUUUAGUUUUUUUGUGAAUAGACUAGAUAAAAUGUGCAGCCAACAAAUUGUAGUUUAUGAACCUGACAAAAAGCAC